AUGUCCGUGGAUCUCGGACUGGUCACCCUAUGGUCGAUGUGGACUAAAGCUAUGGCCGAAGAAAUCGCGAGAAAGGCCCUCAAUGUCGACUCGCCUUCAUUCACACCCGCCGGUCUGCCCUCGGUGGCAUCACCGAGUGCAAAUACGAUAGCGGGCUCCAAGAAAUCGACAUUUUCCUCCCAGGCUGCGAGUGCAGCCGUUUUUACUCCCAGAGGAGCAGGCUCUGCGACGCCAGCCGCCGCUCCAGAUGGAGAAGCGGCGUCGACAGUAUUUAACCCUGCUACAUUUCGAGAAUUUACUCCAUCAAACUUUGAGUUGAGUACUGGCAUUACUGCCAAUGGCUCAGCUUCCGACACAGGGCUCUCAUUUGACCCCUUUGCUAUGCCCAAUGUUGCCCAGCCAUUACCGGCCACACCUUUCAACCCUUAUGCCGAUGAUCCUACCGGACUCGCUGGCUCAGGGGCCUACUUCCAACAUCAAAAUGCUUACACAGCCCCGCUUCAACCGCUUCAAUACCAUCUGUACGCACCGGUUGGGCCGUAUCGAGAUGAUUUGAUGCCGUUCCAAAGGCAAAUUCACGACUUCUUCUUACCUGAGAAGAUGCGCGAGGAGAUGCAACGCAAGUCCGAGGCCUUGCAGCAGGUCAUGCCAAACUCGACACUACCUCCGUUAGACAACUACUACUCCCUCGUUCCCCUUGAUACCAGUCAUCGGAAGAGUUCCAGUGUCUUUGGCUACACCACAUGGGUGUACAAGGCUACAUCCUCGAAGAACGGCAAAACAUACUGCCUCAGACGGCUUGAGGGGUACCGACUAACCAACGAGCAAGCUAUUCGCUCUGUCAAGGAGUGGCGAAGGCUCAAAAACGGCAAUGUGGUGGGAAUACAUGACGCCUUCACCACGAGAGCAUUUGGCGACAGUUCCCUGUUCUUCGUACAAGACUACCAUCCCCUCUCCAAGACACUCGCCGAACUUCACUUUUCUCAACCGGCUUCCACCCACGGCACCCGCUUCAGCGCAAAGAACCCCAUAACCGAAAGCGUGCUAUGGGGCUAUAUUUCCCAGAUAGCCAAUGCCUUGAAGGCUAUCCACACAUUGAAUCUGGCUGCCAGAUGCCUUGAUAUGAGCAAGGUCAUUGUGACGGACAAGAAUCGCAUCCGGCUGAGUGCCUGCUCCAUUUUGGAUGUCGUUCAGUUCGACAACCGUCGGCCCGUUCAGGAGCUGCAACAAGAGGACUUGAUUCAAUUCGGGAAACUCAUUUUAUCACUAGCUACUAACACGCCGCCGAACCAGCUCACGAACCUCAAAGGGUCGAUGGAACAGAUGAGCAGGGUUUACUCGAAAGAAAUCACGGAUACUGUCUUGUGGCUUCUGACUCCCUCUCAGGUUGGUGCCACGCCCAAGGGUAUAGAAGAAUUUGUCCGGGGCAUCGCAGUCCAUAUGGUUGCCACGCUAGAUGCCAGUUUACAGGAAGCGGACGCCCUGAAGUCGGACCUGUUCCGCGAACUAGAAAACGGCCGCAUAGUGCGCCUCAUGGCCAAGCUUGGUGCCGUCAACGAACGGCAGGAAUUCGACGGCGACAGGAACUGGUCAGAAAACGGCGAGCGAUACAUGCUCAAACUAUUCCGGGACUACGUAUUCCACCAAGUCGACGCGAACGGAAAUCCCGUAGUAGACAUGGGCCACAUUAUCCGAUGCCUCAACAGGCUGGACGCCGGUAGCGACGACCGAAUCUGCCUCACGAGUCGAGACGAGCAGACGAGCUUUGUCGUCAGCUAUAAGGAGCUGAAGAAACAGCUCGGCAAUGCGUUCGGGGAGCUUCUCAAGGCAGGGAAACAGACGUCGAACCGAGGGUUCCAGGGCACCUCUCACUAG